AUGCUAAACAAAAUGGGUGUGUUCCGCACUGUUUUGUCUUUAACCCUUCAAAAUGGGAAAUCUGGAUUGAAAAAUAAAAGUGGUUUCCGGCCGCUUCUGACGUGUGCGCCGGUCGCCAUGAUCAGUUUCGAUCGCAACGCUCACACCCAGGAGCUCACUAAGAACAUCCAGUACAUCAGCAACGAGAAGACGAAACUCACAGCCGACCCCAAAACUAUGAAAUUGGACAAAUUGCCGAACAAACCGAUCUGCGUUAUGAUCAAUUGGCUACUAGCUAAACAGAAACACGUGAUGAAGUACGCCUCUAUAUAUCUGGAGCAGGGCUUCGACGUGGUCUCCGUGUCCUGCACUCCAUGGCAACUUAUGUGGCCCACCAAAGGAUCACAGUUGGUGGCGGAGGACGUCAUAAAGUUUAUGGCAAUGAACGAUAACGGGCAGCCAUUGAUGGUACACGGUUUCUCUGUCGCCGGGUACAUGAUGGGCGAGAUAUGCGUCCACACCAUGAAGAACAAAGAACUUUAUCAACCCGCGUUGGACAGGGUGGUGGCCCAGAUAUGGGACUCGGCUGCGGAUGUCAGCGAACUAAGCGUCGGUGUGCCGGCGGCUGUGUUCCCCAAGAACAAGAUCAUGCAGAAAACUCUAAAAGCGUACAUAGAAUACCACAUGAAGAAGUUCCACGAGACCGCCACUAUCCACUACAUACGUUCGUCGCAGCUGUUCCACACGACGCUGUGCCGCGCCCCGGCAUUGUUCCUGCUCUCCAAGAGUGACCCGGUGGGGGCCGAGCGCAGCAACCGCAACGUCUACAACAGCUGGACAGAGCUCGGCAUCAAGUGCACCUGGAAGUGCUGGGACCGGUCUCCCCACGUGCAGCACUACACGUACCAUAAGAAAGAAUAUCUGGAAGCUCUGAGCGAACACCUGGCGGCAGCACAUUUGCUGCUGCAACCUGAAAAAAUUCGCCAGAGGAUAUAA